AUGGAGGAGAUCAAACAAAAAGAUUCAGAGAAAAAGAAAAGAGGUCGGCCCUCAUAUCGGACGUUACCCUUUUUGUGCCGGGUCUGUGAAGGAAAUGUUUUCCCGGAAAGCAAAGCCUAUUACAGCACCUACUACAGUCUUGUAUCGGCAAAUGCGAAGAAGCUCAACGUCUUUGCGAGAAUCAAAGGCCUUUUCGGUGUCUUGGAGGAACAUGAAGCAGAUGGAUCGUACAUCGUCUGUAAAAUGUGCUUCAGAAAAAUGGAACGUUAUGAAGCAACUUUUAAAGAAUUGACCUCCAUAAGAGACAUUUAUCAAAGUAAUGUGGCCCGAUGGAAAAACCAAGGGCUUAUUCGAAACGAAGCUCGAAGUCAACGGACCAAAGCAUGCACGAGUGAUCAUGAGUUGCCGGGCGCUAGUAUUGACGAAGGAAGAUCCCGUUCUUCACCUUGUACUGAUGGAGAAAAAACUUCACUGGACUCCUCAAUAAAGCCAAAUAGCGAAACAUCGCUCGAUGAAACUACCGCUACGGGUAAUAGAGCAAAAAAUCCGUUGCAAAGCCAAAUGACGAAUGAGACAGGGUCAUGUUUUCAAACUGCGGAGGCCAACACAACGUUGCAUAGGAAGAAGAGAGGGAGACCGUCGCAGACAAAUUCAUCGCCGUUGUGUCGGGUGUGUGCAACAAAAGUAUUAACGAUUCGCGGUUAUUACUGCGGUUACUACAAUCUUUUUUCGGCAAAAUCGAUGGAACAAAAUCUCUUUUCAAGAAUCACAGGGCUUUUCGGUGAUGGAGAAGAUGAUAAAUCCCUAGGACCUCACUUUCUGUGCAAGAAAUGCCUCAGGAAAGUUGAGCGAUAUGAAGCGUGUUUUAAAGAACUGAUUUCAUUAAGAGAAGCGUACCAAAAAAAUUUAGCCCGCUGGAGAAAUAGAGUUCAAAGUUCUCAAAAAUCGCCGCCAAGUCUAAUUUCUUCGCCAGGUGAUAGUGACAGCCUCACAUCAACUGUCAAACCAUCAGUCAGUGAAAGGUCAACUGUUUCUACUGAACAAGCGGCUUAUUUCCUUGAAAAUGAAAACAUGAAGCAGUCAAUCGAUUCUGGAAAAGCACAGGUGAGAGGAUAUGUUUAUUUUUCCUCCUUUGUUAUUUUGUUUUAUUAAAUUCCACUGUACUCACUAAUGUCCUUCACUCCUAAGUUAUAUUUUCGAUUCUAUUUUGCCCCCAACCAAGGUCAAAAUUGCGGCGAAGUGAUCUUUGGAGAAAACUACCAAUUCACUAUUACACACAAUUUUAACACAAACGUAUUAAAACGUAACCGUGGGUUAUCUUAACCCAGCUUUGAACAACUCGGCCCAGAGGUCUGUUCCAGAUUCUCGAGAGACGCUGUCACAGUGAUAUGGGCAUCCCCGCGUUUUGGGCAUCCCCAUUCCCAAAACGCUGAUCGCUUCGACUUUGCCUAAAUUAUUUCAGACUGGGGAAAAGUCGUUAGUCGGGAUUGUCAAUCACGAAUUUACGGCUGAAAAGUGUAGGUGCGUGUAAGAAUUAUAUCGUCUGACACUUUUCGUCGGGUUUAUUGCGUAGAAAAAAAAACCCAUAGGCACUAAACGUUGGCUCAAAGCAUGACGGGACUGAAAUAACAUCGCGUCGCUUCGCUGUACAACUCUUCAUUAUUUGCGAAGCUUCAAUUUUAUUUAAUAGAACUGUUUACAAGCGAGCAAUGCCGCAAUCGCCGGCAGCAGCGAUCGUCUGAUUCCAAACAGACAAAAACAAGAACACUAAACAAGCAAUCAAAAGACAAACAUGAAUAAAACUGCGUUUUGCGGUGUUGAAUUCAUAGCAUGCAUGACAUGUGAGGCCCGUUCAACUUAACGCCGCAGCGCUACUUGACACACGAAAGGCUGUCACACAAUUUAUACAGAGGCCUCUUGCACAUACGAGACAGAAGAAAUCUGUUGCCGUUUUGAGCUGUAGUAGGGCCUUCUUUUUUGUCUAAGGAGAAGAAAACAACUACUAGUGAAAGCAAAAAAAACAAAAAAACAACUGAAAAUGUAGUUAUGAUAAAUGGACGCUCCAAUGAUGGUCACAAGAAGAGAUGUUGUGCUUGGCGCACACAAAAAAAUAUUUCUGACGUUGCGGGCGUGACAGCCGGCGUGACAUAAAUGGAUGUGGGUCAACUGACAGAAAAUCUGUCUUCUUGACCCUUCAGAAAUAUAACUUCUCAUCUUUGUUCACAUAACAUAAUAACAAACGGGAGCUAUAAUAAGGACUCCGGUUUACAAUGCCCCCUCUACCAAAAGAUGCAAUUAUGCCUCACCCUUUCAAAGAAGAACACUGAAAACCAAAGAAAUUUAGUAUACUGUUUUCGAUUAUCAACGCGGGCAUUUUAAAAACCACGAUCAAGAGGAUGCAUUGGCAAAUAAAUAAAAUUUGUAACUAACCAUUUCCAUCGUGUCCUUGUAGUAGUCAGGCCAGUAAAACCGCUUUUUGAUUUUCCUAAGAGUAUUAUCGCGGACGGCAGCAUAGUGGCACUCUUCGAAGACCCUCUCUUCCUCGGUGAUAACAAGUCGUCGAAGCGCUGUGCCAUCCUCCUCCUUGGCCACACGUAGAACAAGGACUCUAAUUCUGAGUCAUACUCGAACUUUUUGGCAAAUUUUCGCAGAGUCGUUUUGUCUUGCUUUGUAAAGCCUUCCGGAUAAGCCUUCUUUUUAAGAUACUGGAAAACAUUUCUAUAUUUAGCGGAAGCCAUCUCUAAAACGUUUUCGAUUUUCCCGCGAAAUCCAGCAUUUUUUGGAGGGGAUGACCAAAACACUAGGGAUUUGGGCAUCCCGGGAGGGUAUCGGGGGAUGCCCAAAACGCUGCAGUAAUAUGAGAAGGGGAUGCCCAAAACGCUAGGGAUUUGGGAAUGGGGAUGCCCAAAACGCUGUGACAACGCCAUGUUUAUUUGGGGGACUGGGGCCUAGCAAUUUAGAGGAUUGGUAAUGCGUGAAAUCCAUCGCCGACGACCCCUAUGGCGCGCUGUUUGUUUUUUUUUUUAAAUUUCCGCAAAAGUGAUUAAAUAUUUAUAACCAAUGAAAAAAUUAAUUUUAAAACAAACUGCGCGCCAUAGACCCCGACGCUACAAAUUUGAGUUUUCCUUUGCCCGCAAUGAUCGCCGCCCAUCGUAUAAAUCUGGGACGCGUCGGGAAAAUAGAAACGCUCCCGAUUCUCCAGAUUUGUCCCCGUCCAUCCCAGACGAUCAGGGAUAUCUGCGAUUUCGAGUUUUCAGUAGUGGGCAAAAUCUGGGACAGUUUGGAAACAGUAAAAUUCCCGAUCGUCUGGGAUUUUCCUGACAUAUGAAAAACAGGCUUUUAUUGCCCCCGCAGGGAUUUCGCCCAGAGGCGAAAUCCCGAGGAGGCACCCUAGUAACUAGCGCGUAUAUUAAGGACAGUACUUACAGUUCAAAUAUACAGUCAGUAUAUACUAGAAAAAAUCUCGAUUUGCUCGAACUGGGGCCGCGAGGAAUCGGUAGGUAAUGAUGACGUUUCUAUUGUUUGCGCCCGCAAGUACGAAAUGGUUAGGAUGACGUAAAGACAGAAAAUUCCGAAGGGACCACUCAGGUAGAUUUUGUAACAUUUAUUGUGCAGUCAUACUUCGACACUCUUUUGUGUUACGCAGUGACAUUCUGUGGAGCAGUUGUUUUGAAAGUUUUGUAGCCUGCGUAGCAAGCAUUUCCUCGCGAGUUCGUCGAGAAAGUUGGGAAACGCUUGCUACGCAGGCUAAAAGUUAUGGACCAAAGACACUCGUUAAGCGCAGGGGAGGUUAUAAGGUGCGUUUAACUGUGUAUAUAUAAACACUUGGAGAGUUUGCAAGACACGUAUUCACAAAUCUUUGAUUUAUAUUGGAAACCUUGCUAGACACUCUUUCUCUCUCUUUGACCGGAAUAAGACUCAGCCCCAAACAAGCAAGACGAGUGAACAACGGCUAGCUUAUCACUAGCAGAUUGAUAGAUAUUUACAGAAAUUCACAGACAAUCAAAUUCUGUGCUGACUUAUUCCCUGCUCACAGAUGUCCUUCCGUUAUAAAGUUUCAAAUAAGACUAGAAUGCGCUAGCGUGAAUCGAUCAAACGUCCUUUUAAUUUCUAAGGCUUACUUUCCGGCAAAUAAAAUGUACUGAAUGUAAAAAGGGAAAGAGAAAUAGCGGAAAAUUCAACUUCUAAUUAAAUCUUUUCGUAUGGUUUAGAAUAAACUAUUCUCGAAACUGAGAAUGUAAAUGGAGCUGAAACUGUGCAUGGAACCUUGCGUUUCCUGUAUUUAUCUCACCCAUUGUAUGGAAUAUGUGUGAAAAUCUUCAUUAUGAAUCGGUAUAUUUCAAAGAGCUACACAACCAGCAAGAAUACUAUUGACCGACAAUAUACAGAACGGGGGCAGCUGUAGUGUCAACUAUUACUAGUGAUAGAUUGUAUUCGCGACUGUAACACUUCAUUUUUCUGGGCUGAUCCGGUAUGGUUUAUUCACGUGCUGGAAUUUUAGAUUUGUUUUUUGAUCUUUGGGAGCGUGACAACCCACUCCAACUUCAUGUGCUUAAAUUUUUCCACUUUGUGUUCUUGUUUUUACUUUUUCAUAUUUUAUUAUUAUCUUUUAUGAAUGGAGAAUAUCAUCAGGUUUAAUUAGCCUGCCACAUAUUAUCCAUUUAUUCCCUUCCCUUAGCUACAACCUUGGUCAAAACAUCUUGAGACACGUAAGGAAAUGAGGCGCGAAAACGCACCUCCGGGGGUAGAGGGGAGAACGAAAAUGCCUCAUUUUGACCAGCUAUUACGUUGCUGUCCCAAGAGUUUUGACCAGGGUUGUAUUGAUACUCCUCUCGCAGUCCAAAAAAGAAAAACAAGCACCUGAUCGCAGAUUAGUUCAAGGGAAGUUUCAAAAAUCUUUGUUCAUGAAUAACAGGAUCAUUGCAAUGAACGCGAAGUUUCUUCACAAAGAUUAAAAUUUUCACCCGCUUUGUGAGUAUCGCGGAAUUCGGUGAAAUUUCAAUCUGAGAUUGAUUGACAUUGCAAAAACAAGCACCUGAUCGCAGAUUAGUUCAACGGAAGUUUCAAAAAUCUUUGUUCAUGAAUAACAGGAUCAUUGCAGUAAACGCGAAGUUUCUUCACGAGGAUUAAAAUUUUCAGCCGCUUUGUGAGUAUCGCCGAAUUCGGUGAAAUUUCAAUCUGAGAUUGAUUGACAUUGUGUUUGUAAAUAUGGAAGAGUUUUGUAAAUAAGACGGAAAAUUGGCUUGAUCUUAUCUCCUUGCGCACUCGCGCAGAGGACUGGAGGCUUUAGGUUUGUCCCCAGGACUUGUUUGAAACAUCAAAAUGGCCGCCGUGUUAUUGUUUUGGGACACCAAUAUUGCCGUCGUGACGACAUGUGAAAAAUCUCUAUUAGACUGGUACCAUAUCCUGUCAAGAAUAAUCAAGGGGCAGGAAAUAUUCUAAGAUGUUUUUGGGGGAAUUUUUUUGGAAACUGGCUCGAACUUUUGCGAUUCUGUUGACCGUUCGGGACUGGGUUAUAUCUUGUGAAUUUAAGGGUCUUUAAAAAGGCUGACAUGACCGACAUACGGUAAUUUUCAUAUCAGUGAAACUCGUAAUGAAACUGCUCUGAAAAGGGGUUGCCUUCUUAUCGGCAUGAUUAUUACACGUCAAAAAAAAAAAACAUCUUGAAAGGUGUGUUUAGCAAAGCUUUUACCUCGUUUAAAUAUCGUACAUUUUCAGUUGAAAGGUCCAUGCCUAGUGAGGGUUCUUAGUUUUUGGUCCCUAGCUGGGAAAAGCCAAUAAUUUAUUUUUAAAGUUUGCCGUCUAAUGUUAUAAUUAAAGCUUUCAUUAACCUUCACUGAAAUAGUGUGCGUAUGGUAAUAACCGUUGAUUUAAGCAAAGAAACGUGCCAUGAUUUAAUGAGUUAGUUUAAAAUGUAUACUUUUUCAAACGAUUUUUUCAAUACAGCCUUUUCUGACAGUUUUUUUACAAAGCAAUAAAAAUAUGUGAAAGUGUGAAGCCGAUGGCUUGUCUCCACACUAUGAACCGAUGCCACACAAAUUGUUUUCAGAAAAAUAAGCGAGCCUUAGCACGGAUGCAAUCUUCUUUUCCGUUAUGUUUUGUCAAGUAGGAACGGUUUACGCGAACAUGUUAUGCUUGUUUCUCUUGUUUAAAGUAACCUGUUUCCGUGCAGACCAAAUAACGAAACUGAUCAUUAAAAUUCAUCCACUGAAUAACUGCCACAUAAGACAGAUCAAACAAACAUCUUCAAUGAUGGACGUUUGUAGCUGUCGAAAAUUAUAUAGACCGAUUAUGUUUCAUUUACCAUUUUGCUAUUGAAUCGGGAAUUGGCUUCUUUUUGUUACGGAGAAACAUUUGAAAGUCUUCAAAUUUGUGGAGAGAUUGGAGGUAAUGCCCCAAUAUUUAACAAACGAGCUUUCCAAAGUAAAAGAAAAUAUUGCUGCAGAAACGGGCUUCAAUUUCCAUUCUGGUUUGAAUACAGGAUAGCUUCAAGGCUGAAAACCACCGUAAAAAGGAAAAAAGUGAAAGGUAAAAAGUUCAGAAAGCUUUGAGGUGAACGCACAAAACUUCUAAAUGGAUACACUUCUUUCUCCUCGUAAUUUAAAAGCUGCCGAAGAAGACAUGAACCCUACAAACGGAACUCCUCAAUCGAUCACAAGCUCUGAAAAUGUUACAAGCGUUUGGUUUUGGACAAUUGCUGGGGUAAUCAACCUUCUCAUCUUUUCAGCUAACGGUCUCCUCGCUUACGUUAUCAUUAAAGCACAGAGACUUCAUCACUCUGCCAACUGGUUUAUUUUAUCACUUGCCGUGUCCAAUUUUCUGUCGGGUCUCUUUGUAAUCCCUUCGUGUAUGAUUUGCAACCUUUGGUUAUCAUGUUACGAUGACGUGCGCUUUAUUCUUCUUGAUCUUGUCGUUUAUGUUUCCAUUGCUAACGUCAGCGUUAUGAGUCUUGAUCGUUUGGCUGCAGUGGAACUCCCUAUGAGGUAUCAGUCUAUGGUGGCACCCAGAUUUAAAUUGUGGAUUCUGUUUGCUUGGCUUGUUCCCGUCGUCGUUUCAAUUGUCCCACUAUGUUGGAUGUUUGCCGAAGCUGGUUCAACCAUAGUGAAAAUUAACAAGAUAUUUCGCGCAGUGCAACUUGUCGUCUUCGAACUUUUGCCUUGUGCAAUAAUGGUCAUUGUCCACGGUCGUAUUUUUAUAAUACGCCGAAAACACUCAAGACAAAUUCAACAUCAACGAACUCAGCUUAACUUAGAAACCCAAUUUUCUAGUGAAAGUGUGGGCCGCUCUAAUUUUCGAACGGAAAAGUCGGUGGGAGUUAUUGCCUUCUUAGUGUUUUUCUUUGUGCUUUGUUGGAUUUUCUCCUUGGUUCUAACUUCCUGCAAGUAUUUUGAGGUUUGUAAAGUGUCUCGAGAAGCUCUGAUCGCUUCUUCGUUACUGGUUUUUGUAAACCCCGCUGUGAAUCCUUUGAUAUGCUUGUUUUUGAAGACAGACAUUCGCAAAGAGGUACGGAGAUUGUUAAGAUUUUGAAUGGUUGUGUCAAAGAUGGACGAAGCUGGUUAUAAAUGCUACUAUUUACGUACGUGACCGCCAGCACGAACGCCAAGAUAACGUUUAACAAUUGAUAGGAUGGAUUGAGCAAUACAGUACUUCCUACAGUACCACUGUAUUUAGUUUCUUAGUGAUUGUUAUGGAAGAAAGGAAUGCUUGUUUACGAGUUUAAUAGUAAAUAUAGUCUAUUUCUUGAAGCUCUGUCUCACGCGUGUCACUUUAUCUUUCUUUAUUAUGAUACAAAAACAAGAACACAUAAUCAAUUUUUUUAGUUGUACUGACUUAACAAGUUUUAAAACCCUAACCCGAGACAAUGGCAGUUGCUACAUAAGAGAACCAAUAGCAUCACAGGAUUUCGACAGCUGAAUGCCACUCCGCCACAGAUAACGCUUAAAUCAAAUGGCAACGCAUCACACCCGCCCUUAUUUACGAUAUUACGACCUGGAAUAGCAUCCAAAUUCACACGUAGACACGUAAAUUUUAUUGUCUGGCUUCCCAAGAUGAGUUGACGAGACCUAGUUCCCAGGCUAAUCUUUUUUGUUUCUUUUCCCAAAGAACACUGGUAAUGUGGUUGAAGUUGACGUUAAAAAGUAUUUUAAUGAAAGCGGAGCGAAAAGCGGUGUUUUGAAAACGAGCACGGGGCAUGGGUUAAAUAAUUCUGGCCACCAUCAGACUUUUCAUGGGCAAGUUUGUCAAAAACGCUUCUUUACUGAGUGAGCAUCUGCAGGCGGCCUGGAAACUAAUUCGCGCGCGGAAGGUUUCAUUCGAUUUUUGCGCGCGGAGUUUUUCCCUCUGUGUCGUGUGCACAUUUUGCAUUCGUAAAAUGCGCUAACGGCGCAUUUUAAAAAGUUCACAAAAAACUGCCUAACGGUAAAUUCCGCGCGGGAUUACAAGGAGAAAUCAAGUAAAGGUAAGUUGUUUUCCGGGUAGAUGACAUCAUCUUCGGUGUCCUGUUGCCUUGAGUGAGGUGGGUGGGCUUCUAAAAACUCUUCAAGACUUCAGGUGAAUCAGUCUGUACACAUGUCCGACUUUGAUAUGGCGCACAAUUUCGAUUAAGGCAAUUGAAUAUGGUUAUUACCCCUUUAAUCUAUGUAAAUUAUUAAAUUUCUAGAAUUGCAGCAUAAAUCAAUUUUCCCUUUUUUUGUCGUGAAACUUUUAUGUGGUUAGUUUUUAGUGCUUUAAUCAGGUUAGUUUUUAACCCCCCAUUAGCUCGUAAGGAAAUGUUGGCAGUAAGGUGUCAGGCAAUUUUUUGUCCAACUAGAUAAAGACGUCCUAUCCAUGCAAACUGCAAAGUUCUUAUUGAAACAAUGACCUUUAUUUCUAAGAAUUUAUUUUUGUUUUCAUUUGAAAGUUUUUCGUCUAUUGUGUUUGUCAAAUUUAUAUCAUCUCGGAGAUCAAGUGUUUCGCAAAUAGUAGGGAGCUUAAGCAGCGACGUUUUCGAGCGACGCACGUCAACCGGAAGUGAGGUAUUUUCCCUCUUAACAUGCCUUGAUGAUAUAAAAUUUGUAUUCCUUAGCUUCUUUACUUUUAUAGAGGCGAUUUGACUGAAAAUUUGCGCGAAACCACCGUCAAAAAAUGAAAAAAAGCCACUUCCGGUUGACGUGCGUCGCUCAAAAACGUUGUUGCUUAAGCUCCCUAGUAUGAAUCUUGCGAUGGUAAUAAGAAUUUUGUUUGGGAAAAGGCUGUUAAGGAAAUUCCUCAAGUCAUGAUCACACUACAAAACGAUAUUGUAAUAAUGUAACCGUCAACACCAAGACGUAAUUAUUUUACUAAUUUCUGUUUGUUGCCAGUGUAAAACCUCCCCUUGGUGUAGUGUACCCUUCGCGGACAUUGUUGAUACGUUAGCUCUCAAAAAGGAGUGGCAUUGAAAAGACCUUUUGGUUUGGACUAGUCAAACAAGGUCGACCUCUCUUUCUAGCUAAAGUACGAACAAGUGGGAGUUUUUGACAGAAAGAAGGCAACACUGUGUUUUAUGAUUCUUCUUGAGUAAGCAUGUUUUUGCAACGUGUUUAAUUUCAAGCUGUUCUUGUCCUCUCUUAUCAGAAAAGAAGAAGUGACAUGGCCUCUGCCUCUUCCUCAACCGAUCAAACUCAGAAGGAAACAGCCCCUGUCAGCCCGGCUAUGUCGCAUUCACCAGCUGGAGAGAACCAUGUGACCACGGCAAUAAACAGCAACACUCAAAAUUCAGCUACCGGCAAGUUAUUCUAGAGAGGCAGUAGGAAACUUAAGCAAAGAUGUUUUUGAGCCACGCACUUUAACCCGAAGUGUACACCGUAAUUUUUAGGGAGUUAUUGUAGCUCCAAAAAUGGAGUAAAAAUUUUAGGUACAGCAUAACCCCGUUUUGGGGGUUUCUUUAACUCCUAAUUUAGCUCCUAAUUUGGGGUCAUUUUUACUCCUGAAAAAGAGUUCUUUUUACUCCCAGUCUGGAGUUAAAAUAGCUCCGAAAUGGGGUUAUUACAAGAGUUGUUUUUACUUUUUUUGGAGUUAAUUUAACUCUGGAAGUGGAGUAAAAAUAUUAGGUACAGGAUAACUCCUUUUUUGGGGUUAUUUUAACUCCUCAAUAUCUGGGGUCACUUUUACUCCUGAAAAAGAGUUCUUUAAACUCCUAUUUGGAGUUAAAAUAACUCCCCAAAAAAUAACUCCACUGUAAGGAGUUAAAUUAGCCCCACUAGAGGAGUUAUUAUAACUCCUUGAAAAUUACUGUGUACUUCUUACACACGGGCGUGGCACAAAAAUCGCCUUUGCUUAAGCUCCCUAUCCCCCGACUGGGAUGAACUUGGGUAAGAAUAGUGUAGAGUUGAGAUCAGCUCUAAACACAUUCAGACUAUCCAACCUUCUGGGUAUGUAAAAUCGGGAUAUUUUUUUACCAUCCAGGAAUAACACGAGCGCCAAUGGCGCGAACCGCUAAGGGGGUCUGGGGACAUCUGCGUAGUCGAACUAUUUUCUGUAGUUUGUCUUGAAAGACUUAUUACAAAGCAAGUUCGUUAAAGACGGACAGCAAACAACCUUUGCCGAUGGAUGGUUAUGCGGUAAUGCUUGUAAUUAUAAAAGAGGACAAACAGUUUUUUGUCAAGACGAACUACUCUGACUCUGACUUUCCACGUCUAAAAGGAGUAACAAGGAGUUUAUCGUAUCAUUUGAUUUUGACCUUUGCUCGCCGUGUUAAAUACAGAGUUCUUGCCCACCGCCAAGAUAAUGUACCUACGGUCACUAGUCGGUGCGCCAACGCGCUUAUAACUCACUCACCUACACAAUACACUACACCGAGAAUGAGCCAACUUCUUUCCUGCGGAAAAAUUUCAUAGAGGUAAAUUUUUAUUUGGUAUUCCAAUGUGCUUAAAGGAAAUUAUUCAACCAGGCGUCUCAUUAACUUUUCACAUUUUCUUUGUAUUUUCUUUCCAGCUUUUCCCAUUAGCGUAAAGUGUUCCCUAGAGAGUGCAAACCUUAGGCCCAAAGCACUCGUUUUUCCUUCAGGAAUAGCUUUUGACUAUGAAAAUUUUCCAAAAAUUGUCUCCAUAUGCUGGCCAGUUAUCACUGAUCCGAGUGGAAACAAAGUCAUAGUAAGAGAUGGACCUACCCGUGAAAGCGUGUCUAACAACGAUGCAGUUGUGCCAUCGAGUUGUCUUAGCAUUAGAGACGGAGCAUCCAGUUUUAGUUGGGGCAAACCUGAGAAUAAACCUGGCGCACCGUUCAUAAAUUCGCCUGUUGGUUCAUCAUAUAACAACACGAAGGUGCAGAAUGACAACAGUGAUGCUUUUCCAACGAAUACAUCUAGUCCUCUUCGGAUACCAACAUUAGCUCAACCAUGCGAGUGCCCAAUUCAUACUCAAGGCAUGUGUAAUGGUCCAAGACAACAACACGUUGAAAUAAGUGCUCAAAUUCUGCUUAGUGAAAACUCUGCAAAUUAUAAUAACAAUGACGAUGCAACUGUUCCUGUGAUGAAGAAUCAAAGCUAUCCUUCUGAGUCUAACUCAAACCACGAGGCAUUGUGUUUGCCGCAUUAUGUAACAGGAUCAUUGAGCCAAACCAGGGAAAAGGAGCCGGUCUUUGGCCAGGUUCUGGUCAGCCCCGACAGCAAACACCCUGGCUGCAAUCCGGCGAUUAUUCGUAAAAUCCUGCCGGUGAAACAACCCUUGCGAGUCAAGCCUCUGCACGUUUCGUUUUGUUUACCGAGUGAUCCAAAGCCGGCAGGCGUGGGGGGAUUACCUACGUCUACUACAGAUCAGGAGGUAAAAGAGAUUCCAUGUUCAAUCAACCGCUCUGACAAACAAACCAGCAACACUGAAGCACCCAGGAAUAAUGAAAUGCAGGAGAGUAUUGAGGUAAAUGUUUACAGUAAAGCCUGGUCAAGCGUACCCCCCCCCCCCCCCCCAAGAUUAAUUUAUUAUUCGAAAGUUGAAUCUGCGGGUAGUUGUAUAUUUCAGAUUCAUCUCUGCAUUCUUGCUUGCGUAAUGAGCCGUGAAUUCACACGCGAGGCAGUUACGAAAUUUCUACCGGCUCAGUUUCCCUGAAUUUGUUGUAAAAAUUAAUGUCGUCUAAGAAAUUUAAUCCAUGAAAAGAUUUUCAAUCUGACCAAAUACAGAAAAGUUCUCGUAAAAUAUUCACUGUACAUUACGCAUGCGGGAAUGCUGAUUUGAAUUUGACACUAGUUACGGGAACGACUAACUGAUUCGUUUUUCAAAUAAUCAAUUCAUUAAUACAAUCUCGUGGGGAACGUUUGACCUGCCUUGACUGUAAUGUUAUUUUUAUGUAGUUGUAGUGACUUCCAACAACUCGUACUCCCAUAUAGGAACAAAAAUACAUGCAUAUCUCAAAGUGAAGGCCCACUUUCGUCUAAAAAGUUUUACGGCCAUUAUUUCCGAUCGGCUGUUUUGUCUUGAAAAGCUGAAAUUACUUGAUGUUGACCAUUGCAAUUAAAUGACAUGUUUUCAUAUAUGAAAAGUUUUUCUUCGGCGCACAAUACCUUUGCAGUGGAAGUGUCUCUUAAAAAGCUUAAAUAGAAAGCAAUCGUGUACAGAGUGUCCUCAAACAAAAGCGUUUUCUUCGGAGAAAAUUGAAAAUGUAUUUUGCAAUAAUUUAAUGAUAUCAGUAUUUCCAAUAAUUUAACAUGCCUUUUUUAUGAGGAGUAAAGAAACCUCUCCGGCUGAUGCCGUGCGUGGCAACCAGAAACCGAAGGUUAUCCAUUUCCUGUCUUAACUUAAAUUUAAUCCUAUAUUUGACGAUAGGUGUCUUGUCAAAUUUAAUCAAUAGAUUUUGUUCUAUCUGUUAUUAGUAGAAACCAUAAAGCAUACUGUAUACAGGCUUACUUAUGUUCAACACUCUCCUUCGUAGCUCAGUUGUCUUGCAUUCUUUGUUGCCUUGCAUUGGUUUCGAAUCAUGUCAGGGACGUAGACUUUUUCUUUGAGCCACUUUCUUGAUAUUAGUAGUAAUAACAUUGCUCUCCUUUAUGAUCAAUAGGCUGAUUUACCAACAGAACGGGAACGUCAGUUGAUGACAGCGCGCGCAAAUCAAACAACUGGCUUGACCAAUGGCAGAGCGGCAAAUUGAGCACCGGAAGUCGUGUUUAGUCCUUUCCGCGCGCUUUCCCGUCGUCAACUGACGUUCCCGUUCUGUUGCUAAAUCAGCCUAUUAGGGAGCUUAAGCAAACUUAAAAAGACGUUUUUGAGCGACGCACGUCAACCGGAAGUGUGGCCUUUUCCUUCUUAGUAUGCCUUGAAGCUUUCAAAUUUGAAUUGCUAGGUGUCUUUAACCUUACAAGGCCGAUUUGUCCAUAAAUUUGGGCAACACCAUUACCCAAUGACGCAAAACGUCCACUUCCGGUUCACUUGCGUCGCUUAAAAACGCCUUUGCCUAAACUCCCCGAUGUUUUACUUAAGAUGUUUUCUUUGUUUUGCAGGAAAGUGAACUGACAAUGAAAGAUCCUUGCGAAAGCCUCAAAUGCAAGAGAGCAAUGGACCAUGUAGCAAUUGAAAAUAUGGACGGUCCAUCCGAAGUAACCAAUGCAAAAACCUUAAAACCCUCAGACGAGUCAUUUGUGCUUUAUUCCCCAUCUGAAGAUGAGGAUCAAUUUGUGCAACAGUCUACGGAAAACGAACAUCCAUCUACCGGAAGUUCAGUUCAUUCUGCUACAAUACCCCAACAAAAUGUUGAAUUUAGUAAUAAGCAGGAGAAUGUCAGGGACCUCAUCUCCAGGAUUCGUUGCAUAAAGAGUAAACUACAUCGAGCAGAAUGCGAGCAAAGAAAGAAGCAGAUGUUAAAAAACAUUUUGGUCUUACAGAAAAGAGUCAAAGCUCUUACUAAAGGAAUGCGCAAAGGGAAAAUAGACCCCGUCAAAAUAGACGAACAGACGGGCAAUUCAGCAAACAACAACAACGAUGAAUCAAUUUCCAGUCAAGAAUCACCGGAAGUAAGCUGCGUUCAGUCAAACUCAAAUGGGACAAAUGUGGAGACGGAAGUUGGUCCUGUAGUCAGCGAUGAAACUGAGACAAUAAAUGAGGAAAGAGAGACUGCGAAAAGUAAGGUGUUGUUUUGUGAAUGAAAUUUCUGUUGUAACUGAUGAUUACCAAGAGGCAACCCAAGCUCGGUAUUUGAGCGCUUAGUGAUACAAUAAUAUUCAUUCUUUCGGCACCUUUCCAAAAGUUUAGCCUUAAGACGUCUAUGCAAAACUUGGCAGUUCAACCCACCAACUAAUUGUGCUUUUAGUUGUUGUUUGAUUUCUGUCCAUCCAUCUAUCGUUACCAAAUUUUUUUUCCUUCUGUAGGUGAACUUCCAUUUUUACCUGACCGUGAUCAACAAAACCCAAAGGUAGCCACUCAAAAAAAUUGUCUAAAUGGUGACGAACUUAUUAUUCCAUUGGUCGACAUUCUGCUCAACACUUCCAACGAAGCUGGGACGAACAAACCGCAAGACAUGGGUGAACUGAAACCUUCGGCCUUUUAUAGUGCUGACAAUGCUGAAAACAAGGAGUUCGGUGGUAGCAACUUAGGGAAAGGCGAUGAUUCAGGUGUUACACGAAGGGAAUUUAUUGUGACAUUACCAAGUGGAACUCGACUGGCAUCUUCAUCUGAAACUUCGAGAAAAAGGUCUUUCCCUUCGUCCAAUGUUGAUGAAUACUCAUUUCAGGGAAGUGAGUGCGUUGUAGCGUCCAAGAAAAUAAAACGUUUAUCCCCAUCCGGCAAUGAGGCACCUGAAGUAUGUUAUUCCUUUCAAGACGCCUUACACCGCAGUAAGAAUGUCACAGAAGAUAGGAUAUCAGAACAUCUUACACUAGUUGAUAAGGAUAACGUCAACGGUGACAUGAAACAUGAUAAAACGAGUGUGACAGAGAACGAAAUAACAGUCAUGUAUGAAGGGAAUAGGAAAAGUGCUUAUUGCUGUUGGGGUAACAAUGUCAAGUACGAUUCUCGAGGUGUCACACAAUCUGCUGCCUUGGGAAGUCUCGUGUUAAAUGACGUUAGUGAACUCAAGGGUUGUUCAAGAGAUUUUGAUAAGGAUUCUUCCCAAAGAGAAAUAUUUAAUGUGGCACUAAUAAAGGAGACUGAUAGUUAUGCCUCUGCUUUAUGUAAACUUAAAGGCAAAUGUGUCGAGAAAGAAGAUUCUGCAGAGAUUUUGGCGGAAAAUUUAGCGCCGAUUGAAGAUGAAGAAAACCUCACCAAGCAAAGGACGAUAAAUGUGUGCGAAGACGAUGAAUUAGGGGAAACCUCAAAUCUAUUUCUUGGUUCUGAAAUUCUUUCUCACAAUGUUCAAAUUGUCACCCAAGAUGCAGAAAAUGGAACUAGUUUAACAGUAACUCGAACCAAUGCGACACCAAACAAAAUAACCGACGAGGAAUCGAUAACUAUUGCAAGUCACCACCCACAGCGAGAGACACGUUUGGUAUCGAGCCACAGUAAGGAUACGCAGAUGUUUAGAGAGGAAGAGAAUACAUUUCCCGAUUACAGUGUGCAGGGACAGGAAAACCCAAAUGCGAUCAACAUAGAAGAAGUAGGACCACCCAGACUGGUUUUGGUCGAUCGACUCUUGGAUGAACGUGUGGCAGGCAAAGUCUACGAAUUCCAUGAGAGUGUUGAGCAAGGUAAUUUUGAGUGAGAGCUUAUCUGUUUAAACAAUAAUUCUGAUUUCCGGAAAGUGACCAAAAUAAACGACAAACAAAUAGAAAUCAAAUGCGUCUGAUAAAACGCUAGUAGUACUUGCAGAGACUGUAGUAUCCGUAAAUAAGGUGUGAAUUGGAGGCAAGCUCUCGAUAGCUAAUUAAGUCUAGAAGUAAUCUCAAUUUAUAUUACGCCUUGAUUGCGCUUUCUGUUAGCUUGGUGCGUUAUUUGUUUGCUUAUCGUGUCAAUGUUACAACGUUUUCUUAAAAACAGCCGUGAAUGAUGAUGAAACCUUUUUGUUCGGCCAAAUAAUUUGCUCAACCUCAUAAAGGCAUUACAGUGCCGUUUUUAACUUUUAUUCUGCCUUAAAUACAUGAUAUAGCCAGCAUCAUACCAUCGCUUUUUAACACGCGAGUCUCAUAAAUUUCAAGCCUUCAACGUUAGGACGACUGUCCGUGCAGACAGUAGGUAUUGAUAAAAUGUUAUGCGUUGUUAAGCCUGUGCUCCAGUAUGUUAAGCGCGAAGUAGUAUGGAAAAAAACGAAUUAUCCUUUCCGUGCAAAAGCCAGGGUUACGGAUGGUAUUAUAAAAGGGCAUUAUGAAUCUACACUGGUGAAAAGAAAGAUUCAUUCCCAAGUAUACUACUAUCGAGGUAUUUCUCCUUAGUUUCAAGUUAUUGAAAUACUGCGUUUUCAUCGAAGGUCACGCUGGUGCAGCAGUUGAGAUCAGCAACGUAUUUGGUAGUAUGAACAACCGAAUUGAGGAAAUCGUGAGAGAAGAAGAGCAGACUCGGCUCACAGGCCACAAACCUUUCUCAGAAGAAACUCAGGGCAUUUCCUCGGCAUUUGACCGUGCUUCACCCUUGGUCCGUGAUAACAAUGAUAAAGAGCUUUUCAGCUUCUCACUGCAAAGAGUUGUGAAAGAGGAAGAAACCCAAGAGUUAACAAGUCCUUCCGUGCACAAUUCGACUGAAAGCUCAGAAGAAAUUGAUUUGAUGCAAAGUAUACAGAUUCGUCGCGCGAGAAUUUUGAAUCUGACGGAAAAGAGAGAUAGACUUUUGAAUUUGGCCGGGCUCAGAACGAAUCGUUUGUAA